AUGCGGGAUAUUGAUUUUGGAAUAUUGAAAAAGGUUAAUUACGAAGACAAAAUGGCAAAGAAAUGUGAUGCUCACGCUUCCAUGACUUCCAUCCCCACUCGCCACCAAAGACUCGACUUGGAUUGGAUUAUCAACAACACGCUAGCUGCCUUAGAAUUAAAACCCCUCAACUCAAACCCACCUUCCCCAACACAGUAAGCUUAUUACAUUUAUUUAUGUCCACAUACUUUCAACACGUCUUCAUGCCACCACUACCACACAAAUCAGCCAAUGUACGUGGGUGGUUCUUAUGUGGGCUUCAUUUCCUCCUAAGUAGCCCAAUAUAACACCUUCUACGUCUCAUGGGCCGAAGUUGGUGAAGCCUGGGUUAGUAACAUGAUCGUCGUCCCCACCGGCCCAAAAAGAACAAAAAAAAAAAAAAAAAAGGGCAGCCGGUAAACGGCAUAUGGAAUCAUGUCGUAUGAAUUUUCCACCAUCUCAAAGUCGGAGGCACUGCGGCUUCGAUGCUUCUGGGUCUCACUCUCACCAAGCCACUGUCUCGUACUCUCGCUUCUUCAGUGAUCGAAACCACAAUACGAUGCAGUUGCCGCCGAACAACAGCAGCAUUCCGGUGAACGAAGUGUACUGGUCUCUCGUCCACAAAGCCGACAAGAAGUUCUCCAAAAUCAGGCACCUUCCCUUCUACUACCGCAACAGGCUGGAGUACGAUGCGUAUUUCUACAAGGUGUUCAAGGUGUACACACAGGUUUGGAAGUUCCAGCAGGAGAAUCGGCAGAAGCUUGUGGAAUCGGGGCUGAAGCGAUGGGAAAUCGGGGAGAUCGCGUCUCGAAUCGCUCAGCUGUAUUUCGGGCAGUACAUGAGGACCAGCGAGGCCAGCUAUCUGUCGGAGGCCUACAUUUUCUACGACGCCAUAUUCACCCGCGAGUACUUCAAGGACGGUGGCAUGUUUCCCGACCUGGGCCUCGCCACCAAGCAGCUCAGGUUCAUCUCCAGGUUCAUCACCGUCUGCUUGCUCUUGAAUCGCAGGGAUAUGGUUCACCACCUCCUCAAUCACCUCAAGCUCUUCCUCGAUGACUGCAAGAGGACCUUCCAAGAUGCCACCACCGACUUCAGGGAGUGGAAGCUCGUCGUUCAGGAAUUGCUUCGGUUUUUGAAGGCCGAUACCACUUUUAUGAACCUCAGGCCUCUAAGAUUUAGCGUUGUGCUUGACCAAUCUCAGUCUGAUUCUCAAAUUUUUGCCAAUGCCAAGAGGAAUUUGAGGUUGAGAGAUGCCGUGCUGACUAGCUACCAUCACAAUGAGGUCAAGUUUUCGGAGCUCACUCUCGACACUUUCCGAAUGCUGCAGUGUUUGGAGUGGGAGCCCAGUGGGUCGUUUUAUCAGUCCAACGUCUCCAAAACUGCUCAGAAUGGGACUCCUUCUCCCACCCGCACAAACUACUCCCAAGAGAUUUCUGAUCCUACGCUGCCUCCUAACCCUAGAAAAGCUGUCUUAUAUCGCCCUUCUCUCACACAUUUUCUAGCGGUUGUGGCUACAAUCUGUGAGGAGCUCCCACAUGAUGGAGUUCUGUUGAUUUAUUUAUCAGCUUCAGGUGCUGGAAUGUGCUCAGGUACAACAUCCAUUUCUCCGCUGGGCUUUCCAUGUGAUAGACCAGACCAUUCUUCUGGCGAGAGUAAAGGAGAGAGCUCAAAUAUCCACCCUGGUUUGCUUUUUGGUACUCAUGGAAAUCGAGGUAUAAAUUGCAUUUAUCCUAGUGACUUAGUUCCAUUUACAAGAAGACCACUUUUUUUAGUUAUUGACAGUGACAGUAGUGAAGCAUUUGAGGCCAUAAAUGGAGCAGAGAAAGGAGAGACAGCUGCAAUGCUUCUAUCUCCAAGUACUUCAUAUUGUAGUACUACUUCUGAUUCCUCCCAUCACCAAAGUGGAAGUCUUUUCACCAUUUUUUUAACUGCUCCGUUGCAGGCUUUCUGUCUGUUGCUUGGUAUUUCGGGCUCUGAUGUUGAAAUGGAUAAAUAUACUAAGGCUGAGAAGCUGCUUUCCUUAUCAUUAAAUGAUUGGGGGUUAACUUUGGUAACAUCAGAGACUCUUGAUCCAGUUUGGGCACAGAUUUUUGGUGAUCCAUUUCUAAGGAGAAUUCUUUUGAGGUUCGUAUUUUGUCUGACAGUUUUUACACUUUAUGCGCCAACCUUCAAUAAGAAGGAAUUCGUUCCCAAGUGCCUGCCAGGUCUUCCAGUGUCUGUCCUGCCAACAAAUGCCAAAUGUCAAAAUUUAGUUCGGCAGAUUGCCGAUAUCUUCGGUGCUAGCAGCAGUUUUAUAUUUUCUUAAGGACAUGAACUUGAUGAAAAUAGACAUGGUGACACAGACUCAAUGUCAUUAUCAUGAAGCAUGAGAGGGGCAACGCAAAUUAGAUAUCACCAACUCAUAUAGUCUGAACUGAACUCACAGUCACUGUGUUAUAUCUCAGUUCACGUGGAUGGGAUUUGUGCAUCAAGAUACUCUUAAAAGAACAUUGCAGUUUGUGAAUUUAGUUACGUUUUGUGGUGAAAUGAUAUUAUUUUUUAGUCUUUCAACAUGAGGGGGGGAAAAAGUCAAAAUGGAGAUGUAAUGCAUUAACUUGUAGCAUGGAUAUAUUACGCUUAUAUUUGUACAGGAGGAGAGGAAAUUAAUGCUUAUUUAAAUGAAUGGAUUGGAGGGUUAACUUUCA